AUGGCCGCCUCCGCUCAACACAAGUCCGUCAUCAUCACGUUCCCUUCAGAAACGCCUGACUCGGUGGUUCAACAGGCAAAGGAUGCGAUCAAGGCAAACGGUGGCAAAAUUACCCAUGAAUACAAUUUGAUCAAAGGAUUUGCGGCCGAAGCGCCGUCGGUUGCCAUGGAUGCUGUUAGUGCUCUUGGGACAGAAUACCCCCCCGUCAUUGAGGACGAUCAGAUUGUCACCAUAAACCAACCGGCUACGAAUUGA